CGCCAGGUCACUCCGGCGGCGACAGGUCUACUCAAUCACCAUCGCCACUCGCCAGUAAGCAACAGAGAAUCAGAGAAGUCACCGGAGCGUGGAGAAGACGACCCGAUAGUGGAGGCAGAGUACCACCAGCCGCCGGCGGGAACCAGGAAGGGAGGAUCCGGGAACGGCAUGGAUGAUUUCUACAUCACCAUCCCGUAUGGACUGAUUGUUCUGGGAGGCGGCGUCGUCGGCUACGUUAGGCGGGGGAGUGUGGCCUCGCUGGCCGCCGGAGCCGGAUUCGGCGGUGCGCUCCUCCUUGCGGGCGCGCUCAGCAUCUGGGACUUCGCGCACGGCCACUCCAAUUCCCUCUUCGCCACCGUCCUACAGACCGUUUGUGCUGCAGCAUUAACAAUAGCUAUGGGAAUAAGAUACAUGAAAACAAGAAAGGUAAUGCCAGCUGGAAUAGUUGCCACCAUCAGUGCGCUUGUACUGAUAUUCUACGUCUACAAGAUAUCAAACGGUGGUAAUGAGGUCUACAUCCCAGUAAGCGACGAGUGAGCCUGCUGAAUCGAGCAUCUCCAGUCCUCUGGUGUACAUGCUGUAUCUAUGAAACAAAUAAUUGUGAGGCAAAUCAUCUCUUUGCUGCACAUUUGAUUCUUGUGAGAAAAAAUAAAUUAUAUUCUUAUCUUGAAAUAUAUAUGGCUGGCAAGAAAACCAUGACUUUUGUAUACAAACCACUGCGAUUGUCCGUUAUAUAUGUAUGCAUAUAUUGCACUCC